GUCAGCUCGGAGUCGGAUGCCGAGGAUGAGUUCAAGGAGGACAAAGACGCCCUUGAGAGUGAAGACUCACAGUAUGAAGAUGAAGUCGCCACCUCUCGUAAACGCAAGGUGAAGGGAACCAGAGGCCAUCGCUCGCAGAAGCGACGUGCUCCAUCAAGCGACGUUCAAGCUGUUGAACCGCCUCGCGAGGGCAGAAAAGCUGUCAAGGGCAAGGGCAAAGCGGUUGACCAGGAUACUGGCAAGGAGCAGAAGAUCGCAAAGAGAGUGCGCUAUGUCUCUGCCGCAACUGAAUCAGACACUGAACAGGAUGGACAUAAAGCUUCACGUCUUCGUGAUGGCCCACAGGACUCAUUGCAACCACGCACUCAACGCGUCGUUCCAGGAUCAUCUGAAAGUGCACGCCAAGCUGCGCUAUACUCAGAAGGCAAGCGUCAACCGCACGCACCAGGAGGUUCCAACACCACCCAGGAUGCACGACAAGGAAGUCUCGACACCUCCCAGGAGGUGCUGCAAGAUGCCUCGCAAGGACCUCCAGAUGCCCCGCGAGGAAGCCGUGAUACAGCCCAGGUCGCACAGCAACGAGGACCCAGAGGCCCCAGAACCUCUAGAUGGGAUUUACCUUUGAGGGGGAAGAUGGAGGACACGUUCACGCAGCCCACGCAGGCCAGCGACCAUUUGGAGGUGCCUUCACCCACACCUUCAUCCCCAUCCCCUCAGAGUCGAGAGCAACCGCGCUCACUUCUUCCAGCACCCCAUGAUCAGCACAACACAACUGCCCAACCUAAUGGGCAGCAAAACAUUAGCAAUAGAAGUCUUCCUCUGCCACCAUCUCGUGGUUCUACGGAGUACCAGCCCAUGACUCAACGGCAUCUGCCUAGCGGUGUGAAUUAUGCCCCUGGUGUCAAUGCAGCUCGUCAGCCUCAACAUUCCAUGGAUGCUCACAACACCAUGUACACAUAUCCUCCACCCCCUCCUCCUCACCCCUACUAUCCUACGCGCUCAGAUUCCUAUGAGCAAGGGACUGGAGCAUACCGUGGAGGAAGGGACGUGCACGAUGGUCGUGUACCUGCUCCUCGCCAGGAAUACCCAGGAUACCGUGAUGGCCGGGUGAUCUAUGAUCAUUAUCAAGGUCGAGCCCCGCGUCAUGACGGACUUGAUCUUCAUCAAAACUGGCCCCGUUAUGCCGCAUAUCCUGAGGAUGGACGGACGAUUCGCGCUAAUUCAACAAGCCCGCUACCUGGUCUUAUGCAGUACUCGUCGUCUCCCCCUCAGUCUGAAGGCAAUUAG